AGCGUAUGCAUUGAACACUGGCUGAGUUGCUACAUUCAAAAAAUUCUAUGAAUAAUCAGCGACAUUAGAACCUGUUGGGACCAUGAAGCUCAAUCUUUUCUCAAUUUUAGCUGUGUUAUGUUGUUUUGAUAAGUCUCUUGCAUUUACGGGAUCAUUUGUUCAAUCGCCAUUGCAACGAGUCGUUUUGCAUAAAUCUGCCUGCAAGCUACAGCACAUACGUGUUUAUUCUCAGCGAGCAAAUGUCGUCUGCAAUGCUCAACCUUUGAAAAGAAUCAAAAGCCUUUUUCGAUCGGAAAAGAAGCAGCCCGAGGUAGACAUAGUCGUACCGACUUUUUUCCCGCAAGCGGAGCGAAUCAUUGCAAUUGGUGAUGUCCAUGGCGACGUGGAUGCUCUGCAUGAAUGCUUGAAGGUUGCAAAUCUAGUAGAUGAUGGAUGGAAUUGGAUAGGAGGAGCUGCACAUCUAGUGCAGGUUGGCGAUAUUCUUGACCGGGGAAUGGAAGAGCGAAGAUGUCUGCAGUCCUUGUUAGAUUUGAAGCAAAAAGCGGCAGAUGCGGGGGGAGCUGUGCAUGUGCUCCUGGGAAAUCAUGAAGUUAUGAAUGUAGAUUUGGAUUUCAGAUACGUCUCGCCGCGAGAAAAUGCAUGGUUUGGCUGGGAAUUUUUGGACAGAAGACCCAAGAGUGGUAGCAUGUUGGUAAACAUCGCAGACGAGAUUUCGGCAAUCAGAUUUCCGGCGUACAUGAGAGAAAGAGUGUAUGCUUUCAGGCCCGGUGGUGGAGCGGCUCGUUGCUUGUCCAAAAUGCCAAUCGCCAUACAAAUAGGGGAUUCUGUUUUCGUUCAUGGAGGUUUGAGAUUGCAGCAUGUCGAGUAUGGUCUGGAGAAGUUGAAUCAGGAGACUGCGGCUUGGCUGUAUGGAAGUCCACGGUAUACGAAUUUCCCCAAGCCAAGAAUGAUCGACGAUAUCAACUCGCCUAUCUGGUCAAGAAUUUAUUCUGUGCCUUCUCCAAAGCGAGAUGCCGAGCUGGAGCUUGAACAAGUACUCGAGAAACUAAAUGCAAAGCGAAUGGUAGUUGGCCAUACUCCGCAGCUUCGUGGGAUAAACGCGUUUGUAACUCAGAACGGAUAUGAGGUGUGGAGGACAGACACGGGUAUGUCCCAAGGGAUGAUGUCCGGCCCUAUCGAGUGUCUGGAGAUCCUCGAAGAUGGGAGGGUACAUGUCCUCACCCAAGCUGGAAUUGUUCCUGCCGCAAUGCGCAUGCCCGAAGCUGAAGGAGAGUUCAUCAAUGUUUGUGAUGUUGACAGCGGAAUUUGUACCCCGAUGCCGGAGGAAGUCAUGAAGAUUCAGCUCAAGGAAGCAGCAGCAGCAGACUUUUCUGAAGGGCUGGUUGUGGAUGUCGUCAAUGCCCAGGAGAUUGUGGCCAUAGGUCCAGACGAGGCACCGCGAAAUCUUUUAGAGAAGAAGGACAAGGCAGAGAUCGAAGUCCUCAGAACGCUGGAUGAUAGUUCAAUGCCAACGGAACAGAGACUCACUUUCCUCCUUGAGCGCCUAAUUGCGGAUGCUAUCAGACGUGAGGACGAGACUUUGACAAAGAAAACUGUCAAAGAUGUGCUCAAGAAGGUGGUUGGCACGCAGAUAGUUGACGAUUACGCCGAGUUCAUCGGCAAGGAGGUGGAUCGCAUCAUCUCUGAUGAUGACCCCGAGUAUGGCAAGUACGUUAAUCGUAUCUUGGAGAAAUAUGGGACGCUUGUGAAAUAGGAGAAGCAGCCUCCUAAAUCUGAAAUGCAGUUGCGAAUGAAUGCUUGGUGGCAAUUCGU